AUCACAAAACCCUAAACCCUUUAGAUUCGAAGACAGAGAGACCUGAAAGCUUACUCCUUUCGAUCUUCUGUGACUAUUAAUCUCAGUCUGGGAGAGAACCCAGUUGAAUUGGGCACUGAGAGAAUCAGAAAGUAACCUCAUUUGCCGGAGAACGGGGAAGUAGAGACGAGGAAGACGGCGAGGUUAAGAACCAUGCCUCAUCGUCCAUUUCGCUUUCUACAAUGCGUUUCACAAAACGAAUAAGCCUCCUCUUGGGGCAGACGACCAAGAUUCAUAGUCGUUCUCUAUUGGGAAAUCCAUCUUUACACAGGGCUUUUACCGUUGGUCCGGUUUCUAACUCGCCGGCGUUUCUGAUUUCGAGUCGCAGUGGUGAUGGUGUCACGGGAUUGUUCUACCCAAGACAUCGUCGUUUCAUUGGUCACACUGCGGAACAGUUCUCCGAUGAUGAAUACGAGUGUGAAUUCGAGGAACAUAAGGCUUCAUCUUCUGUGGCCAAUGUUGAUGAGUGGAAGUGGAAGUUAAGUAUUCUGUUGGCCAAUGGUAGCGAACAAGAAAUUGUUUCCAGAGACAAAAGGGAUCGAAGGGAUUAUGAGCAGAUUUCAAAUCUUGCCAAGAGAAUGGGACUGUACAGUGAAAUUUACGGGAAAGUGGUGGUUGCAAGCAAGGUUCCUCUUCCCAACUACCGGCCAGAUUUGGAUGAUAAGCGACCACAACGGGAGGUGGUACUUCCUUUGAGUUUGCAAAGAAGGGUAGAGGGACUUCUCCAGGAACACCUUGAUAGACAGCAGCUACUCUCAGGAAAGGCUAAUGAAGGUGUAGCUGAUUCUCAACCUCCUAAACAGACUGAAGAACUUCCUGAUGAGAGUUCUGAUUCGUUUCUCGAUGGUUCUGUUAUGGAAAAGGUACUUCAGAGGAGGAGUAUGCGGAUGCGCAAUAUGCAGAGAGCCUGGCAGGAAUCCCCUGUGGGAAGGACGAUGCUGGAAUUCCGGAAAUCUUUGCCUUCAUUUAAGGACAAAGAAAGACUUCUUCAAGCUAUUGCUCGAAACCAGGUAAUAGUUGUAUCUGGGGAGACUGGAUGUGGUAAGACAACUCAACUUCCACAAUACAUUUUGGAAUCAGAGAUAGAAUCUGGUCGAGGAGCAUUCUGCAACAUCAUUUGUACACAACCUAGGAGAAUAUCUGCCAUGGCAGUUUCAGAAAGAGUGUCAGCUGAGAGAGGAGAACCUCUUGGUGAAACGGUUGGGUUUAAAGUUCGGCUAGAAGGUAUGAGAGGGAAAAAUACCCAUCUUCUAUUUUGUACAAGUGGUAUCCUACUUAGACGUCUGCUUAGUGAUCGCAAUUUGAAUGGUGUAACACAUGUAUUUGUUGAUGAAAUCCAUGAAAGGGGCAUGAAUGAAGAUUUCUUAAUUAUAGUGUUAAAGGAGCUUCUUCCACGGCGUCCAGAUCUGAGAUUGAUUCUCAUGAGUGCCACUUUAAAUGCUGAACUCUUUUCUAAUUAUUAUGGAGGGGCACCAACCAUUCACAUUCCUGGCUUCACACAUCCAGUGAAGGCACAUUUUUUGGAGGAUGUACUCGAAAUAACGGGAUAUAAGUUGACCUCUUUCAACCAAGUUGAUGACUAUGGUCAAGAAAAGACGUGGAAAACGCAAAAACAGUUAAUGCCUCGCAAAAGAAAAAACCAGAUCACUACUCUUGUUGAGGAUGCUCUCACCAAGUCAAAUUUUGAAAGCUAUAACUCUAGGACACGUGAUUCACUUUCGUCUUGGAUGCCUGACUGCAUAGGAUUUAAUCUCAUUGAGGCUGUUCUCUGUCACAUCUGCCGAAAAGAACGUCCAGGUGCUGUAUUAGUAUUUUUGACAGGAUGGGAUGAUAUCAGAUCCCUGAGCGACCAAAUCAAAGCCCAUCCUCUCUUGGGGGAUCCCAAUAGGGUCUUACUAUUGAUGUGCCACGGCUCAAUGGCAACUGCUGAACAGAGACUCAUUUUUGAGAGAGCACCUCCUAAUAUUCGAAAAAUUGUUCUUGCUACAAACAUGGCAGAAGCUAGUAUUACAAUAAACGAUGUAGUUUUUGUGGUUGACUGUGGCAAAGCAAAAGAAACCACCUACGAUGCUUUGAACAAUACACCUUGUUUGCUACCCUCCUGGAUUUCUCAAGCUUCUGCUCGACAGAGAAGAGGAAGAGCUGGGCGUCUGCUUCCCGGAGAAUGCUAUCACUUGUACCCCAGAUGCGUCUAUGAUGCUUUUGCGGAGUAUCAACUACCUGAACUUCUGAGAACUCCUUUAAACUCUCUUUGCCUGCAAAUUAAAAGUCUUCAGGUUGAUAGCAUUGCAGAAUUCUUGUCAGCUGCACUUCAGGCUCCGGAGUCUUUGGCUGUUCAAAAUGCUAUUGGAUUCCUGAAAAUGAUUGGAGCACUGGAUGAAAAGGAAAAUCUAACGGAUCUUGGAAAACUCUUAUCGAUUCUCCCCGUUGAUCCCAAGCUGGGGAAAAUGCUGAUAAUGGGUGCCAUCUUCCGCUGCUUUGAUCCGAUCCUGACAAUUGUAUCAGGGCUCAGUGUCAGAGACCCUUUCCUUCUACCUCAAGACAAAAAGGACUUAGCUUUAUCAGCCAAGUUGAGAUUCUCCGCCAAAGACUACAGUGACCAUAUGCAUGAUGAUUCAGCUCUCAACAACAAGCUAAGUCACAACCAGUCCCUGGUUCGUGCUAUCAUUUGCUCUGGCCUAUUCCCCGGAAUAGCAUCUGUUGUGCACAGAGAGACUUCCAUGUCAUUUAAAACAAUGGAUGAUGGCCAAGUAUCACUAUACGCGAAUUCUGUUAAUUCACGGUUCCCAACAAUUCCGUACCCUUGGCUAGUCUUUGGAGAGAAAGUAAAGGUCAAUGCUGUGCUCAUACGGGACUCCACUGGUGUCCCUGAUUCCAGUUUGAUCCUUUUUGGUGGUGCACUGAGCACUGGAGUACAGGUGGGACAUCUUAAAAUGCUUGACGGGUACAUUGAUUUCUUCAUGGAUCCGAAUUUGGCUGAUUCCUACGUAAAGCUGAAGGAAGAACUAGAUAAGCUUCUUCAAAGAAAGCUUGAAGAUCCAAGCAUGGACAUACACAAAGAAGGAAAGUACCUCAUGCUUGCAGUUCAAGAGCUCGUUGCUGGAGACCAAUGCGAAGGUAGAUUUGUCUUUGGCCGUGACACAAAGAGGCCAAGCCAACCGCAAAUAGGAGAGAACAAACACUCCAAAGACGGGACAAACCCAAAGAGUCUCCUUCAGACACUUUUGAUGAGAGCGGGACACUCGCCUCCGAAGUACAAGACAAAACAUCUAAAGACAAACGAAUUUAGAGCACUUGUGGAGUUUAAAGGGAUGCAGUUCGUUGGUAAACCUCAGAGGAACAAAACGCUGGCUGAGAAAGAUGCAGCUGUUGAGGCCUUAGCUUGGUUGACUCAUACCUCUGAUAAUAGUAGUACAGGCCAGCACAAUGAGGAUGCAGAUUCACCACCUGAUGUAACUGAUAACAUGCUGAAACUCCUGGGAGGACGGCGUAGGCGGUCCAAGGGAAAAUAAUUGAAUCUCUCUCUGUAGGUUUUUUUUGUGUAUUUGUUGUGCCUUUGGACGAUCUCAGAUCCCAAAGUGAUAGUAGUAUACAUACUUAGGAGACAAAACAAUAGUAUAGGGUUUAUUAACAUAAAAAUCCGGAAUUUCAGGGGAUUUUGAAGUAUUUUUAAAAAUAAUUGGAGCAUUUAUCAU